GCUUCGAAUCGGAGCUGGCAAAGGGCUGCCCGAGCGAUGCCCCGAACGACCAAGGAGGCCACCGCGACGGGCCACAAGUGCACCACGACCAGUCAAGGCAAUAUGGCCUCUGCCCCACCCCCGACCGAGCCCCAAAACGCAUUAAAGCGCCUCACGGCGCUGCCCCACGCCGUCGCCGUGACGCGCAUCUGUGCGCGCAAGGACGGCGGCGUCUAUAGUACGGCGUCGGACGGCCGCGUGUGUUUGACGAAUGACACGGGACGGCCGUCCCUCAAGUUCGGCGAGCGCGGUUCCAUCGAGGUCGACGGCUGGCAGCAUGACUUGGAGCUCGUCGAGGACCAGCUGCUGCUGGGCGCGGGCGCCCUCGCGACGAAGGCCUGGGACGCGACGACCGGCGCCCAGGUCGCGUCGCUCCAAGGGCACCAGGGCGCCACUCGAUGCGUCAGCGGCUUCACCACCAAUAGAGUGGCGACGGGCGGCGACGACGGCUUUUGUCGGGUGUCCGACUUAUCGAGAGAAGACGCGCCCUGCGUCGCGAAGUUAGCACCGUCAGAAUCAGAAGACUACGGCCUCAAGUGCGUGCUCUCGGACCAGUCGAACGUCAUCACGUUAGUAGAUGCCGCCGGCCGGCUGCAGCUCUGGGAUAGAAGAGGAGGCACGCCCGUCGCGUUGGGAGAGCACCCCGAGAUCGCGAACAGAGGCAUCGCGCGGGACGGGUCCGCGAUCUACUCGCUGGGAGGGAGGCGCGCGCAAGUGCUGGCCUGGGACGCGCGCAAGCCCAAUCAGUCCCGAGUGGUCGGCAAGCACCAGGACGCUCCUGUUGCUCUCGCGAUGUGCUCGAAAGGGGUGUUAUCUGCGUCCAAAGAUGGCGGCGUCGCGUUGUGGGAUCCUACCUCGUGUUCACUCUUAGAUGAAUUGCGGGCCCCGGGCAAGAAACCCACGGCCCUGUCCGUCGUCGACGACGUCGUCUACGCCUGCGGCUCGGACCGGGUGGUGCGCGUCUGGGAGGCCGGCACGAUACCGAGACCGCCGGGCCCGCGGCCGUGCUGCGACUGCGAAGGUACGGGUAGGAAGACGCUGCCGAGCGGGUCCAAGUGCAUCUGCGUGGCCUGCUUCGGCUCCGGCAAGUCGCCGGUCGACGACGUCUCUUCGGACGAGGACGACGACGUGUCGACGCAAGCGCCGCCGCCGCCCGAAGUUGCCAAAGCUGUUGAAACGAAAAAGGCGCCGGCCAAGGUGCCGUCGUGGCUCACGAAACUGACGGCCGUCGGCGCCCUGAAGGCGCCGGCCAAGCCGGGCCAGCGGGGCGGGUUGGACGUGCGCUCGACGCGCUUCAAGCCCGGGACUUUGGUGGUCCUGGCGGCCUCAUUACCUGACGCUGAGCCGGUCGACACUUUGAAACGGAAAGGCGGCGCGGAACCUUCGAUAAGAGGCAACGAGGUCGGCGAGAUCAAAGCUGAUGAUCGUAGUCGCGUGCCCUACGAGGUCAAGGGCCCCCGCGCGACGACGUCCUGGUUCGAGGCUGCUCAAUUGGCCGCGUGCCCGCCCGAGCGCGCCGCCAAGGGCAAGGCCGCGCUCGCGGCGGCCAAGGCCCCGGCGCCGCCCAAGCCGCCGAAGGCCGUCCCGGUGAAGGCUCCGACGAGCCCGUCGGGCGCCGACGCCGCCUUCAUGAACUUCCGGGGCGGACCUUCGGCGCCCGUCCCCGGUGGAACCGCCGUGGCGCCGCGCGCGCAGCCCAAAACUAAAGAGGAAAAGGCCGCGCAACGCGCCGCGGACGCGAACGUCGACGCGUCGCUGCAGCAGUACAUGGCCCAGCGCGAGGCGAAGAAGGCCGCCGGUGGGGGGCGGAAGCCCGUGUCGGACCGGCUGAAGAAGCUGCGGGAGCGGGCUGGGUGAGUUAGGUGGACU